GGAAAAGUGCUUCAUUAAAACGUGUAAAGUUCCUGCAUGUUUAAUUCGAGUUUAGUAAUGAAACCGGAGGUGGAUCCUCCUCGCACGGUGAUUGGACACGGUGAGAUGAGAUGAUUGGAGGAUAAGAAUUAAGGAUCAGCCAAUCAUUGCACAGGAGGCGGGUUUUGCGGAAUACGGGUAGGACAGGAAUUGAGGUGUGUUUAUUCAGACAGUCUGGGUUCUCAAAGUCCUUCCUGUAUUUCAUGAGAGCAGAGAGGGAGUGAAGUCUUCCGGAAGUUACAUUUCAGCAGUAAGACUCGUCUAAAAGCGGUUUAUUAACGUUUUAACUGGAUUAAGUACAAAAGUCGCUCAUGUUUACAGAUACAGUGUCUCAUUUCACCCUGAAGGAGUCCUCAUAAAUCCCACCUCUUCUCUGGAACACUGAUGAAGACUGAACACACAGCGAGUCCUCAGGGUGAGAAGUGAGCGAUGCCUCUGUUUCGUCAGGCCGAGGUCAGACAGGAGAGGGAAAGGGAGGGGGAGAGAGGGGACGAAGAGGAAGAGUCAUCAGCAUGAGUGUGAUGAGGAAGAUGAGGACGAGCCUUCAUCACUGAGGCGUCUGUGUCUCUUCAGCCUGGCGGAGAACAUGAAGGACGUAUGGACGCAGGACUACGCCAACAACUACAUGGAUCAAUACUUCUUCCGAUACAUCAUGGGGCCCUUCAGCCUACUGCGUACGUACCUCUGUAUGUGUGUGUGUGUGUGUGUGUGUGUGUGUGUGUGUGUGUUAUGCCGUAAUACAGCUUCUACCACAGCGUUGUGAAAUCAGUCGGUUUGUUAGUGAACGGUCUCCUGCAGGUGUGUUACGUUUACAUUUACACCAUUUGGCAGACGCCCUUAUCCAGAGCGAGUUACAGAAGUGCUCUGAGGUCAUGAUCAACAAAUACAUCCUGAUGCUACCAGUUCACAAGGUCCUGGACUAAGAGUACCAUCAGUCUAAAGUGCUAAUUUAAGAACUUUAGGAUUAGAAAUGGUGGGACCAAUCGAGCGGUGCUAGAGGAUCGGAGGGAGCGUGGUGCAGUGCAGGGUGUGAGAAGUGCUUGUAGGUAAGUGGGUGCUGGUUCGUUUUUGGCUUUGUAGGCAAUCAUCAGUGUUUUAAAUCUAAUACGGGGAAGCUACAGGAAGCCAGCGGAGGGAGCGUCGCAAUGGGGUGGUGGUGUGGGAGAACUUGAGAAGGUUGAAAACAAGUCUGGAUCAGUUUAAUGGCGCUCGGAGUCAGACCUGCCAGGAGCGAGAGGCAGUAGUCCAGUCUCGGGGACUGAACGAGCACCUGAGUGGCCUGUGUGGAUAGAAAUGGACGUCCAAUCCUUCUGAUGUUGAAAAGGAGAAAUUCAACAGUGUAACGGUUUCCCCACAGCUUUUUUGUUGUUGUUGUUGUUGUUGUUGUUGUUGUUGUUGUUGUUUACAGCAGGAGAUCUGAUCGAGGAGCUGAUGUGUGUUCUGUCUCAGAGGAAGCUGCUGUCUCGUGCAGCUCUGCAUCUCCUCCUGCUGCCACAACUACACACACUCUCACUGUCACAGUCCGGUAACCUCGUCACCGCCAACCUGUGCAGCCUGAUUACUGUGCGCUGUCAGUCUCUGAAGUGUUUAGAUCUGAGUGGAGCGCAGAACGUCUCCUCUGCUGCUCUGUGUUCUCUCCUCAGCGACCUGUCCUGCCUUCACUCUCUCUCUCUGGCUGGAACGCUGUGCGACCGUGCUGUGAUUGCUACGGUGGCCCGGCGGUGCUCGCUUCUUCAGCACCUGGAUGUUUCCCGCUGCCUCCACCUGCCCCCGGCUGCCCUGUUGAUCCUGGCGCUGCAAGGACCUAAACGUCUCGCCAGCUUGCUGGCUCUGGACAUCGGUUUAGGAGAGCACGAGGAUGAUGGACCGGCUUCGGCUGCCUUCCUCCUGCUCGGCGUGUCCGGUCUGCAGCGCCUGGCGAUCGAGGGUCUCGGACACGCUUGUGCGAUCAUCCAGAAUCGGGAUUUCGCUGUGACGGAUGAGUUUACCGCCCGAGAGGGCGUGCCGUGUCUUGGUGAAUUAUGGGAUGCAAGAGUUCAGGAAAAAGAAGUGAGAGAGGAUGAGGAGGAUAGAUUCACUUUGGAGGAGAAAAUGGACAGAUCCUUGAGUUUGGAUGAAGGCAGAAGAACAGAUGCACCAAGGGGACGUUUUAAAUUACGCCUCCGAGAGGUACAUGGACUGACCCUUGACAGUCUGGAUGCUGUCAGCAACGUGUGCCCUGAUGUUCGUGCUGUAUCUCUAAACUGCCAUGAUGAUGAUGAUGAUGAUGAUGAUGAUGAAGGUUCCUCCCAGAGCAUACGUUUGACUCGGGGCUUGGCUCGGUGGUCAGGUCAGCUGCACUUCCUCUCCCUGCAGUUCUCCGGCCUGCUCUCAGAACUGGUUCCUCGUCUGCAGGUUUCCGGGUCUUGUCUCCUCUCCCUCACACUGGAGGGCGUCCAAGCCGACGGGAACCUGCCUCUCAUUGCACUCCUGCGUGCCUGCCCUAAACUCGCCUCUCUCGCACUCCACAUCGACCCUCCACGUUCCAACCAAGAAGAGGAUAACGAUGACAAUGAAGACGUAGAAGACUGGGAUUUACCGUGUCUUCCACACCUCCGCACUUUAACACUAAUGUUCUCCUUGGAGGAGAAGCCUGUGCUGUGCUGGACGUCCCUGAAGGGGGUGCUGUGGUCCUUGCUGAAAGGCUCCGUGCAGCUCCACACGCUGUCUCUGAUCGCCACUCCGUGUCGCCUGGAUCCGGUGUUCAGACUGGUCCUGGAUCGCGACGCCGAACCGCUGCGACGUCUCAGACGUGUCAGCCUGCAGCGCUCCGACGUCACCAUGGAGACAGCGACGCGACUCGUGGACUCCUGCCGUCGCUUGAUCAGUCUGGAUGUGAGCAGCUGCUGGUCUCUGACUCGGAGCAACGUCACUAAAUUAUAGAGCCUAGCCAGGAGGAGGCGCCGUCAACUCCACAUCACAUGGACAUGAGGUGGAGAGGAAGUGCAUUAUUUAUAUAUAAAUAAAUGAUCAGGGUUUACCAGUGAAGUCAGGAUUUAAAUCAGUUCUUUUUAAAUGUUUGUUGUUUACUGGUUUGAGCUGUCUGUCUUUUUAAAGAUACCAGACACUACUAUUUUAUUCAUGAAGUAUAACACUGUUAUCUCUUCUCAGAUUCAGUGUGUGUAACUGUUUACAGUCGGCCAUGAUGACAUAUCUGUGCACUUUUGACUUUAAUAUAUCAUGAAUUGAUAAGAUUUUCAAUUUUAAGAUUGGUCUUGCAUUUGCUUCUUUGACACUUUUUUUGUCACGACGGAGUGUCUAAAGUUGAAAACGUUUCACAGGGUUCCUACAAGGUGCCCGAAUAUGGCUUUUCGAAAUUUAAGUACUGGAAAACCUUGAUAAUUGACAUUUUUUAAAUCUUAUGGUGCUUAUUAAGUGCUUGAGUUAUAAAACGUAAAAAAAUUAUGAAAUCGCUAAAAACUUUAAAGUGUUUAUUUUUCGAUAGAACCCGAAUACAACGAAUACAUCCUUUCAAUCAAAAUAUGACGUGCUGCUGCAGCAGUUGCUGAAAUUACAAAUGCUUUGGUAUUCUCAUGUUUAUUUCUUUUAUUUGCAUUGGGACAACAACAGCAAAAAAAGCCAAAUCUGAGAUUUGGUGACGGAUAGUGCGAGCUGAAACCAAAGGUCAGCUUGAAUUUGUUUGACCUUGAUUGAGGUUCUUUAUCUACAACAACAACAACAAAACGGGACCAGAACUAACUGCACUGCUUAUUUGGCCUUUUUUGCCAUUGAGUGGACUAAUAGAAAUACCAGCCAGGUCUCUCAGGAGCCUUUUACACACAUUUAGACUGUAUCGUCACUCACUGGCAAUGUUCCUUAUACCACAGCGCUGUUGCAUACUGAAGUAUAAUCUGUAUAUUAGAGUAGUAGGCAGGCUGUCUAACACACCAGUCCUUCUAGCCAGUGUAUAUGCACUGAACUGGGAUGAUGGCACAGUUGAACACAUUUCUUUGUCUACUCUGCAUGUGUUAUUAUAAUGGUGCAGUUUUGUUGGUCCUGUCUUCCUUUUAAUUUUCCGUUACAAUAAAUAAAUGAAAAGACUCUGAUUUAGA